AUGUUUCCUCUCGAAUUUCCAACAUCUCCCGCAAAAAAAUGGAUGGGAUUGGUAACAGCAAUCUGGGUUCAGGCAGUCUGUGGCAAUAAUUACACAUUUUCAAACUAUUCUCAUGCUCUCAAGACCCUCAUGGCACUCACACAGCUUCAACUUAACAAUUUAUCCGUCGCCAAAGAUAUCGGCAAGGCCUUUGGUCUGAUCUCCGGCAUGGCUUCAGAUCGUUUAUCAACCUCUACGAUUCUCAUGAUUGGAUCACUCGAGGGUCUCAUCGGAUAUGGUGUUCAGUGGCUAGUUGUUAGUCGGAGAAUCAAUCCUCUUCCAUAUUGGCAGAUGUGCAUAUUUCUGUGCAUGGGGGGUAACAGCACAACAUGGAUGAACACUGCAGUGCUAGUGACUUGCAUGAGAAAUUUCACAAAAAACCGAGGUCCAGUUUCAGGCAUCCUUAAGGGUUAUGUAGGAUUAAGCACAGCAAUCUUCACAGACUUGUGCACUUCCCUAUUCUCCUCAAGCCCCUCAAAAUUUCUCCUCAUGCUUGCUAUAGUUCCUGCCAUUGUCUGCAUAGCCGCGUGCAUAUUCCUCCAAGAAACCCCACCAGCUUCAAGUCUAUCAGAGGAAAAACAAGAAGCAGAGGUCUUCCACAUCUUCAAUGUCCUCGCCAUUGUUGUAGCCGUCUAUCUCUUGGCCUUCGACAUCAGUGGACCUCACGGUCAUGUUCUCUCUUUGGCAUUUGCAAUAGGACUAAUUGUUCUGCUAGCUAUGCCCCUGGGUGUGCCUUUGUACAGUUUUCUUUGCACUUCCAGAUCUUAUAACUUUGAUAUAGAGCACAAAACGCUUGAGGAUCCCCUGGUUGUUCAAGAAGCACUCUUGGAACAGUCUAAAGAAUUAGCAGGAGUUCAGGUAGCAGAUUUUGAAGGAUCAAUGCAAAGACCAUCGAUUGGGGAAGAUCAUAACAUAUUCCAAAUGAUACAAACAUUUGAUUUUUGGGUACUAUUUGGGUCCUUCCUUUGUGGCACAGGCACUGCAAUGUGUGUCAUGAACAACAUGGCGCAAAUGGGGAUGGCACUCGGGUACUCGAGUGUCUCUAUUUUCAUCUCACUUCUUAGCAUUUGGGGGUUUUUCGGGCGCAUAGUCUCCGGCGUGAUCUCUGAAUACUACAUUGGGAAACAUGCCAUGCCUAGGCCAUUUUGGAAUGCAAUCGCUGAAAUCCUAAUGGCGCUAGGAUACCUAGCAAUGGCUCUAGCCAUGCCUGGAUCUCUCUACAUUGGCUCGAUUUUUGUUGGCUUGGGCUAUGGAUUCCUUCUCACUAUAACAGUCCCAGUUGCCUCAGAGCUAUUUGGUCUUAAAUACUAUGGUCUUUUGUACAACAUUCUCAUCAUCAACCUUCCUUUGGGUUCAUUUCUCUUCUCUGGUUUACUUGCUGGAUAUCUCUAUGACGCUGAAGCUACAAAAACCAGUGAAGGGGGCAGCACUUGUGUCGGGUCACACUGUUACCGGCUUGUGAACUUGAUCAUGGCACUCGCAUCUAUUUUGGGGCUAGUAUUGGAUGUGUUGUUGGCCGUUAGAACAAAGAAAGUGUACACGAAAAUUUACGAGAUCAAGAACCAGAAGAAGGUUUUGGGUUUUGCAGCAUCAUCAAAUUAA